UUGCGCGUGAAGGGUCGGAGUCAUUAACUCUAAUAGCAAUGGCUUCAUUUUUUUCUCUUUGUGCGGUGUUGCUUUGCACCAUUUCGAUGGUAGCUGGUCACGGGCGACUGAUAAAGCCCCCAUCAAGGUCCAGCGCCUGGAGAUACGGGUUUAGCACGCCCGCAAAUUACAACGACCAUGAGUUGUUUUGUGGCGGAUUUGGGGUUCAGUACGGCAAGAAUGGCGGAAAGUGUGGAAUUUGUGGUGACCCCUGGCAGGGCCAGAGAGCAAACGAGGCUGGGGGAAUAUACGCAACCGGUACAAUUGUUGGAAAGUACCAACAAGGAGAAACAAUCGACAUUGAAGUUGAACUCACAGCCAAUCAUCUCGGUUGGUUUGAAUUCAAAGUCUGCCCCAACAAUGACUACACGAAAGCCGCCACGCAGGAGUGCCUGGACAAAUACCCCAUCUUUCUCCCCGAAGCAGGCUCGAACAGGAUGAAGAUCGGAUCGAGGCGAGGAGUUUACAAAAUCAAGGGAAAACUCCCAGAGGGAUUGACUUGCACUCAAUGCGUCUUUCAGUGGAUUUACAACACUGGAAACAGUUGGGGCACUGACCCACAGACAGGCCGGGGAUGUCUCGGCUGUGGAAACCAGGAGCAGUUCCGUGGAUGUGCAGAUAUCAGUAUUUCCUGAACGUGAAAUAAAAAGGGGUUCUGUCGUGACCGUCGAUGUAGUUCCUAGUUUAAAAUUAGUUAUAUUUAAGAAUCAAAUUUAAAUACGGGUUCCUGAAUAAAUGGUAAUUUGAGACGAA